UUAACUCUUCUAUGAACACUGAAGGUAGGCUGCGACUAUUCCAGCAGAGACUGUCGAGGGAUUUAUUUUAAAAAACAAACAUUCUUAUUAUUCUGAAAUCGUUCAAACUGUCGCGUCAGGGCUGAUCAUGGACACUCGGGCGUGAAGUUGGCUGAUGCGCGUCACUGCUCCGUCUCAUACAGCCGCUCAAAGUAACUUUAAAGACUUGUAUGAAUCCGUAAAGUGUGAAGAGACAUCAUGACAACAUCCGUGGAAAUAACUGAUUAACCGAGAAGCUGUUUCAACACUGUCCAGGAUACAAAGGCUGUCGUGGAGGUAAAGGUUCCCAGUCCUGUGUGGGAUGUUAACGAACUGGUGGCGCGUUGAGGCUGAAGGAGCAUGGUGAAACACCAACCCUUACAGGUCUAUGAGAAACAGGUCUUUGUGUCCUUUGUCACUGGGAUCUAUGGUUGCCGCUGGAAACGCUACCAGCGUUCCCAAGACGACAGCUCAAAGUGGGAGUGUACAUGGUUCGUCAUCUUGUGCAGUUCUUUCCUCCUUCUUCUCUUUUGGGCCUACUUCUGGUUGGUGGCUCAAAAUGAUUUCAACGAGUUCAACUGGUCAGUAUACAACCGCUCCGGAGAAUGGAGGGAUGAGACCAUCCCCAUUCUUGCAUCCACCACCGUGGGAUUCAGCUACAUCACCUUCCUGAUGAUCUUAGCAUUUUUCCACAUAUCCUUGGGCCAGCAGCUGAACCUCUACUGGGUUCACAAGAUUGGAGUGUUGGCUACGCUGCUCACCACGAUCUCUGGUGUUGUUUCUGUUGAUGACAUAUGGGGAGAUGAGUGGGACAUCCUGCUUGUGUCACUGCAGUCCACGGCACCUUUCCUGCACAUCGGCGCUCUGGCAACAGUCACAGCUAUCAGCUGGUUGGUAGCUGGAUAUGUGGUUCGCAGAGAGAGAUCCAAUUUCCAGGUGGUAGUGUUGGUGACUUACAUCAUUAUCCUCGUGGCUGUCUAUUUGGCACCUCUCUCAUUCAACUGUCCCUGCAUCAUGGACCGCCACGGCCUCAAACCUCGACCAGACAUCAUUGGCCGUCGGGGAGCUCCUAUGCUGGCUCCAGAGAACACCAUGUUGUCCUUUAACAGAGCCCUGCAGCACGGAGCCAGCUCCCUGGAAGCAGACGUCACUAUCAGUGCGGACGGCAUUCCCUUCCUAAUGAGAGACCGCACGUUGAGACGAACCACAGACGUCAGUAAGGUCUUUCCGUCCAGGCAGAACGAGGAUGCCUCUUUCUUCAACUGGACAGAGAUUCGCUCUCUGAACGCAGGACAGUGGUUUUUGGAGAGUGACCCCUACUGGACAGUAGACACGCUGACAGCCAGGGAACGGAGCAGAAUAGGCAACCAAACGGUUUGCAGUCUGGUGGAAAUGCUGCGUCUGGUGUCCAGGUCCAACAGCUCUGCACUGCUCAACAUCCACAAACCUCCACCCGAGCACCCGCGCAGCCGAAACUGGUUCAUGGACACGCUGUGGGCUGUGCAGAAAGCAGGGAUCUCCCAGAAGAGGGUGAGGACUGUGACGUGGACCCCCGACACUGACAGGGGGAGGGUGCGAGGGCUUCAGCAGACCGCAAAUGAGAAGCUGUCAGUGGAAGAGAUAAGACAGAGGGGAAUAACAAGCCUGACCCUCCACUACAGCAAGGCCAGCCACAAAGACGUACAGGAGUAUCUGGCCAAUAACGUGAGUGUGACAGUCUACCCAGUAAAUGAGCCCUGGCUCUACUCCAUUCUUUGGUGUAGUGGGGUGCCUUCUGUGUCCUCUGAUGCCCCCCAAGUCCUCCGAAAGGUGCCUUACCCCAUCUGGCUCAUGAGCCAGACUGCUUACGACUUCAUCUGGAUUUCUUCAGAUCUGGUCUCCCUCGCCAUAGUCAUAGGGAUUUUCUGUUUUCAGAACUAUCAUACGAUCAGGUGGAGGAUGAGCGGGAUGCAAAACUAUAACCCAGAACAGAUCAUGCUGAGCGCUGUGACGCGUCAGACCAGCCGGGACGUCAACAUCAUGAAGGAGAAGCUCAUAUUCUCAGAACUCAACAACGGGCUCAGCAGCACAGAGGAGCUUUCUCUGUAUCCUGAGAACGGUUAUGCCAGAUACUCUCACGGAGCCGCUGAACAAAACGCAAAACGCAGCUGGUAAAUCUUAGAUUUUAGUUUCAGCUUCACUGACUGAAGAAAAAGGGAGCAGUGAUCUGUCCGUCAGCUGACCCUGGAUGUGACGACAGCACGGACACCAAGUCGUGUCAAGUUUCUUCUAUUCGCCCAAUUUACUUGCUUAUGUACAAGUUCCAUGUAAUAUAUGUAUUUAUAUACGUUUGUGUGUAUCCUUUUCAUGCUGCCAGUCACACUCCUUGAAAAAUACUUCUCCUGUUGCUGUAGGAAGUCAUUCACUGGGAACACAUAACGUAUAUAUGUGUCUAUGCUGUCGUGACUUAAAGGGUUAGCUGACGGAUGAGUUAAAUAUCUCAAAAACACGAUGAGUCCGAUGAUAUUUCCAGGUGACCAGGUGAAAUUAGAACACGUGUCUCUCCGGUUUGACACUUGAAUCAUAAUUUUGAAACAACUUCGAAUCAUAUUUUCAUGUUGAAAUGUUGUUUUUUGGUAAAUCUGGUGACGUGUGGGCCAAAAAUCCAUCCGACUGCCACGAGAGACGCUCUCUGUUGUGUCUGUCUGCUCGAGUAAAGGCUGUAAUGUUAAUAUUUUACUUCACUGUUGUUUUAUAACAGAGGAAAUGGGCUGUGUAGUGUUCUGUAUUAUAAACCGAUGUACAUAUGGGUUCAUGAGUACAUGUUUUUAUUUUAUUUUUCAAUGGUUUGAACAUAUCAAAUGUAUAUUUUAUGUUUGCAUUCGUUUUCAUCAUGACUGUUGUUUUCUUUAAAGUGUGAACGACAGAUUAGGGCGCAAGUGAAAACAGUUUCUGGGUUUUUUUUGUGUUUUUUUCUGCCUCUUUUCUGUCAUGCCAUGAUUAAUUUACUCUACAGUCAUAUUAGCUACUACAACUUUCACAUGACUGCCUUUUUGUUAAGGACCGGUGUAACGUUAGAGGAUAGUUUGUCUAGUUUAUAACAAGUGUACAGAUGCACUUCGACAUGUUGACCGCUCAAUAAAAGUGAUAUUUUCUCUUUGGAAAAA